UGCGAGCGCGCGUCCGUCACACACGCUUGCAGCGUAUUAUCGAUUCGUCGAUCAAAACUAGGCCAAUGCACCAAUCGCACCCAAACCCAUGUUGUUUAUUUUAUUGCUGCCACUUUGUUUAUUUCGGUUUGCGUAUAAUAAAUAAAACAUAAAACAUUGAUAUCGUGUUUUCUAAGUAAAGAAAUGGCAGGUGAGGUGAUGGCCAAUGGUACUAAAGAAAAGUGGGAUCCUGCGCUAUCACGACUGCUGACGUCGCUGCAACAAGCAAACGAGCUGCCAACAUCAGACGAAGAACUCGGCUUUUUGAGUGACUUACUGCAAUCGAAAGAACUCCACGCCCUUGUAAACGUGCACAAUAAAAUCAUCAGCAAUGGAGCAAGCGACAAAUUCUUUCCAAUGCUGUCGACAUCGAUGCACGUCAUGUUCGACUGCCUCGAAGUCCUGGCGAGUAAAACACAUCUAUCUGAAGACUGCAAGGAGUUAUUUUAUUUGCUGCAAAAACCACAUGUUCAAGGGCUACUCUGCGCACACGAUGCUGUAGCGCAAAAGGACUACUAUCCACACUUGCCAGAGAUCCCAAUCGAAGCAGAUGAAGAUGAAGAAACCAUCAAGAUUGUCCAACUGGUCAAGAGUAAUGAACCACUGUCGGGCGCUCAGAGUGCCGAGCCGAUCGUUGGAGCCACCAUCAAGACUGAUGAAGAGACCGGAAAGAUUGUCAUCGCGCGUGUUAUGCAUGGCGGGGCUGCAGAUCGAUCCGGGCUAAUUCAUGUCGGUGAUGAGGUCGUGGAAGUAAAUAAUAUCAACGUCGAAGGGAAGACACCAAAUGAUGUUUUGGCGAUUUUGCAAAACUCUGAAGGAACAAUCACGUUUAAAUUGGUGCCAGCUGAUGGAAAAAUGAACAUUCGUGAGAGCAAAGUGAGAGUUCGAGCUUACUUUGAUUACGAUCCUUCUGUCGAUCCGUACAUUCCCUGCAAAGAAGCGGGAUUAGAUUUUCUAAAAGGAGAUGUUCUACAUAUCGUAUCGCAGGACGAUGCUUAUUGGUGGCAGGCAAGAAAAGAAGGCGACCGAAACAUGCGUGCCGGUUUAAUACCAAGUCGAGCGUUGCAGGAGCGUCGAAUCAUUCACGAACGCGCUCACGCCCAGAAAGAAAAUGAAUCAGGGCUGUGCUCUGUUUCAGCAGUACCCAUGCUUUCCUCCUGCAGCCAAUUUCCGAAAUCCCCCGCCUGUAAAUCCAAAUCCAAAAUUAAAAAGAUUAUGUAUGAAACAGCCGAAAACGAUGACUUCGAUCGCGAGCAGAUUCCCACCUACGAAGAAGUAGCGAAGUUGUACCCAAGGCCUGGUAUUUAUCGGCCUAUUGUGCUUAUCGGUGCGCCUGGAAUUGGCCGCAACGAGUUGCGACGGCGCCUUAUAGAUACACAUCCAGAAAAGUACAAAAGUCCUAUACCAUAUACAAGUCGGCCCAUGCGGCCGGGUGAAGUUAACGGCAAGGAAUACUACUUCGUAACUCGUGACAAAAUGGAAGAAGACAUUUCCGCCGGAAUAUUUAUGGAGUACGGCGAAUACAAAGGCAAUUUGUACGGUACCUCCUGCGAGAGCGUCAAAUCAUUGGUAAACUGCGGGCAGGUCUGCAUACUGAAUCCACAUUUUCAAGCGCUCAAAAUGCUGCGAACGCCACAGCUAAAACCGUAUAUCAUAUAUGUCAAGCCGCCGCCUCUUGAAAUACUCAAAGAAACGCGAUACGCAUUGCAUGCAAGGUCAACCUUCGAUGUUAACAACUCGAGGGGGUUCACGGACGAGGAAUUUAACGAUAUGAUAAAAUCUUCAAACCGCAUCGAGUUCUUAUAUGAACACUUCUUUGACGAACAGAUUUUGAACGCUGACUUGGCGAUUGCGUUCAGUCAGCUGCUGUCGGCCGUUAAUCGAGUCGAAACAGAACCCCUUUGGGUGCCUGCAUCUUGGGUGCAAUAGAAAGUACAAGCCACGCUUAUCGCGACGUCAGUUGGGGAGCCGUGCACGCGCAGCAUAAUAGCGUGCACGUUCAUUACAGUUUAACCGUUCAUCCGUGUGCUUUGUUUGAAGCAAUCUUAGAAUAUGUAAUACCAAAACAAACAAUAUCAGUAUUCCUCACUAGAGUCUACCUAUUAGACCCAACCUACGGUAUUAGAUCGAUCCGAUCGAUAUUCUUAUAAUGUAUAUUCAUACAGAUUUAUAACAUUUAAGUAUGUAUAGAUAUACUAUUUUUGCUUGUUAUUCGAUCGAAGGUAAGAUACGAUAUAUACAUUUAUGAUGAGACACUCACAAACCACCAAACAAAAACAAAGGGUAAAUAACAAAAGUUGCCUGUGACAUUCUAUAGCUAUAAUUGCUAAUUGUUGAUUAAAAUAUAUUUAAACCAAAUUAAAUAAGUAGGGAUAAUAAUUAGGGAUUAAUGAAGAAUUGUUAAAUCUAUCAAAUAGUCAAAAGAAGGUAAAUCGAUUCUGUGUUACCACUGCCAAGUAAAAUAAUUUCAAAUUCUAAAUAAGUGAAGAAGAUGAAACAAACGAGACAAAAAGAGCGAAGAAAUUAUUCACAGCCUCGUUUUUAUUUUGCAAUAGCAUGAUCGAUAGUAUUGUUGUACGUAAUUGAUCGUCUUAGCGACGAAAACGAGUGAAGUUAGUUAACACAUUUUUUGAUUUGGUUUGGGGUCAGAUUAGCGAGACGCACGUUCACUUGGUUCUUUUUGUUUACACUUCAAACCGUGUGCCAUCACUAAACUUAUAUCGUGCCAAUAGAUAAAUGGCACUUAAUGCAAUGCGUUGAUUUGCUGUCUACUGUGCUGAUUUUAAAGUCCGAAUUAUACGAGAAUCCUUUAUAUCGAAGAA